GGCCCAAGCGCCAUUUUCAAAACAUAUAAAAGUAUUUUGCAUAAUUCUAUGAUAAACUUGUGACUAUUUCGCCAAAAUACCAGGAAAAUGAUUGAAACGGUCAGGCAAAGACAACAAAAUGCUGUAAACUUUAAAAAUUGCUACGAAAAUCUUUGUGCUUUACAAGGCUCUUGCCCGAUGAGUGUCGUUACAGCUAACCUCGAAGAUGAAGCUGUCGAUUUAAAUGCUGAUAGAAUUACGCUUCAAGACUGGGAUCCGAUUUUAAAUGCAACUAAAAUCAAUAAAAACUUGAAAACAAUUGCUGUAAGAAGUUACUGGCAGGAGAAAAUGGAUCCUAGAGAGUCAGAUUCCUCUUGUGGACAAAUAUAUCGAAAAAAGAUACCACAUAUUCGAUCAAAAGAGCUAACUUAUAAAUUAUGCAGAGCCCUAAAAGAAUGUUUGUGCUUAACAGAAGCUCUUGAGGUCUUAAUAUUUCAAAAUAUACCUCUAAGGCAAAGGGAUCUCAAAUGUUUUUCAAAGGGAAUUUCUUGUAACAAAACCUUAAAGCACCUUUCUUUUGAAAACUGCCAAAUUGGUGAUUGUGGACUUGAAGUUUUGAGUAUGGCCAUCAGAAAUUGUUUCUCGUUACAAUCAUUAAAUCUGACCGGAUGUUGCAUCACUUGGCAUGGGGCUGAAAUUCUAGCCAAGAUUAUCAAGAAUCAAGCAACAAAAAAGUGGGGUUUAGCAUGGCACAGUUUGCGUUAUCGUGUGCCUGACCUAGAUAGAAUGUCUGGAUUGAGAAGAAUCACCUUGUGUAAGAACAGUUUAUUAGGAGAUAAAGGUGUUGAAGUACUGACUGAAGCUUUGAAGGAUGAUUUGUGGCUCAAAGCUUUGGAUUUGCAGCAAUGUGGUAUUUCAAAUAAAGGAGCGCUUGCAUUUCAGUCAUUGUUAAGAUGCAACAAAUCACUGGUUGUCGUCGACGUAAGGAUAAAUCCUUUAAUAGAAAGAGAACUGGUGACAUCCAUUACACAACAUGUUAUAGCUAAUUCUGGUCAUGGGGAAACUGAGUAUCCAUGGCUUCGUACCAAAGGAACAGACUCUCCAGCAACUAGAACGAAAAAAAAUAAAAGAAGAAAAUCCAAAAAUGGAUUGUCAAGAGAAGGCUCUUCAAAGUAUAAAAAAUCCUAUUCAUCAAGCAAUAGAUCUCGAACAUAUGGCAUUCCAUGGAGAACUGCAGAGAGAGUAGGCCCAAACAGACAUAAGAAAAAUGAGACUUGCCCAUUUGCUUAUUUACAGGACAAACAUGACGUUUUGGAUAAAUGUAACAAAAAUAAUAAUAAUACAGAGGAAAAACCUGCAGAAAGUGACGAUGAACUGUUUGACUUAGCUGAGCAAACUUGUGGUUUCUUAUCCGAAAGAGUGCGACAGUUGGAAAUUGAAGUAGAGUUUCUUAAACAUUGUCUUGAGGAGGAGAAUCAGAGAAGACUGCAACAGUCUGAGAUGGUCUUAAAGCUUCAAUUGGAGAAUAGAGGACUUCAACGAGAAAUUGAACUUUUGAGAGCGGUCGGCACGAAGCCUGGAAAUGAUCAUUCUCAUAACUUGGCUCCUACGGAGCAACAUCAACUUUCAAGAAAUGACUUACUUGACGACAACGUUUUGGAAAGCAUCGAAGCAUCUUUUAAACAGUUUCACGCGUUUUUAGACAUGUUUAACGGAUCAGAAUUACAAGAUAUGCAGAAUUUGCUUCAUGAAAUGCGAUUAGAAAAGAAAGGAAAUGAAAUCCAGCAUGCAGGCAAGCGCUCGCAAACGAGCAUCUAAAAAUGACUAAAUAAUUCAAUGUUAUUUUUAUAAAAUAUCGUCAAAAAACAAUGGUUUUAUCAUACGUAACAUGAUGUGGAGCGUUAAUGUUUAGCUUGCUGUGAUUGACAUAAACAGAAUGGUGUAUUUUUGACGAUGUUGAUGUUGCGUACGAUAGCUAUUCAUCAAUUUAUAUCGUUGUUUUUUGCUGUUCAUAAAUAUUGUAGUUUAAAACGUUGUCAUUCAUAUUAAGGGCUACCUAUAUAGAUGAAAAAGGAGACCUUUUGAAUUCAA